CUGAUUGGUCCUCAUUUCACCGUUGUAGUCUGCUAGCAUUUUUGUUUUUGUUUUUGUUCUUUAUGUCCGGCUGCCAAGUGUCAGUUCAGUGUUUGUCAACAGAAACCGUCAUUGUGGGUGACAAUGAUGUAAAUUUGCACAAUUAUAUUUCCUGUUUAGAUAUUAUUUUGCUGAAAUCAGUAUAGAAUAGCAUUGCUGGUGUUCAAUUUACCUCUUUAUCUUCUCAUCAUGGAUAUGUCAGCAUUUUCUGAUGACAAUUUCAAUGCAAGGGAUUGGAUAAAUACUACGUUUAGGUCACCUGAAGUUAAAGAAAAUCGAGAUGUAUUUGCAUCAUCUCUGGUUAUGAAACUACAACUCUACGUUCAACAAGUGAACAGUUCAUUAGAGGAAACUAGCCAGCAGGUUCUACAAAGUUUACCGCGCGUGAUGCGUGAUACUGAUAUUCUUCAACAGGAAGCAUUAAUGCUCCGAGAGAAAAUGAAAACGGUCCGAGAAGAAAUGUCUAAAGUUCAGAGUGACACUGGGGAGUCACUAGCAACACUGGAGCACAUAGACCAAUUAAAAACACGGCUCCAAAAAGCAAAGCAAGCAUUGCAUGAAGCAGACAAUUGGUCUUUAUUGGCUGCUGAUCUUGAAGAGGUAUUUGAAUCGGGAGAUAUUGAAAGUAUGUCGUCAAGACUAACCAAAAUGCAGCAAUCGUUGGGGGCCUUGACAAGUGUGCCUGACUAUGAAGAACGACGAUUGCAGUUGGAAGGGCUCAAAAACCGUUUAGAGGCAAUUGCAAGCCCUCGUCUUGUUCAAGCUUUUACAUCUGGCUCCAUAGAUCAGUCCCGUGUUUAUGUUCGUAUUUUUGUUAAUAUGGAUCGCUUGUCUCAACUUCUCAAAUACUACCAUAAAUGUCAAAAGGGAAUUCUUCUCCAGCAGUGGAGGACCAUUGUUGAUAUUGAACAGGAUGAAGGAGUAGUUCAUCUAUUAAAAUCGUGCUAUGAAAUGUUCUUGGCUGCCUGGAAUGAUCAGGUAAAAUGGUGCAGCCAAGUUUUUACAUCCAUCCCUCCCCCAUCGAUAUUGGUUGAUUUAUUUUCGGAUACUCUUGCUUCCUUGGAGCCAAGCCUCAAUAGCUGUUUUGAUGGUCCACUAAAGGAGGAAGCAGAUCCACUUUCUUUACUUUUAGAAUUGAGUCAGUGCACUCAGCAAUUUGUGGCAAACCUCCAGGCUACCAUUGAAUCAUCCAGUCAAGGAAAAUACUCAGUGCCUGAUGAGAAAAUACUCACGCUUGCUCGGUCUGUGUAUCACACUUGGAUCCCAUAUGUAAAACAAUAUUCAAAACUGGAAUCAGAAAACCUAAAGAAGCAAAUGUCCUCAAAUAUUGUGCCUCAAGAGGACCUUGCAGAAACGGUACAAUCAUUGGGUUUGUCGGUGACAAGUGCAGUGGGAACUAUGACUGAUGCCCAGAAGCGCUGCUUUCAGCUCAGUCAUGGGUGUGCAUUUAUUGGAUUACUCAAGGCUAUCAAGUCAUACUUCAAUAAUUAUUUAGAGCAGUUCCAAACUGCUCUAAAAAGACUCGAUAAACAAAAGGGAAAUGGUGAAGAUUGGAACAUGUUCCAAAUGUGCCUUUCUCUUCUACAGGGUGUAGGCCAGUUACUAAGUGAAGUUCGCCAUCUGGACAAAGAACUAUUGCAAAGCCUUCUUAACUCCACUAAAACAUUACCAGAUGAAAAAUCUAGCCCCUUUACAAAUUUUAGGCUGUUACUUUUAGAUGAAACUGGCCGUAAGGAGUUUGAUCUUCUUUUGAAAUCAUUCCAAGAAGGUCAAGAAGAGUAUGUUUUAAAAUCAGUUUUAGGUGCAAUUGAAAAACUUUGUGGAGAUGUGCAUCGCACAACAUUUGCAGUUAUUCUUGCUCCAAUAACAGUGCAGUUGAAUCUUGUUCAAAGUGCUCCUGCUUGGUGUGCAUCUGUUGCAAAAUCACCAGUCACGUUAACUCUAGACCUGCCUGAUUACAGUUUUGCUCCACAAGAAUAUAUAACUCAGAUUGGUCAAUAUCUGAUGACCUUACCUCAACAUCUGGAGCCUUUUCUUUUGCGUGACAAUCCAGCCCUUACUCUGGCACUAAGUGUUGCUGUUUCCGAGGAAGCUGGGGGAAGUGCAGAUUUACUACUGGCUGGAGUUGCUCGCACCACAUGUCUCACAUAUUGUGACCGCAUUUUAGGCAUUUCCCAGCUCACAUCAAGUGCUUGCAAACAGUUAGCUACAGACAUAGAUUACCUCGGGAAUGUACUUGAGGACUUGGGCCUGGGUCUUUCUGAUCAGCUUUCUCAAUUAUCCAAUUUACUACGAAUUCCUGCGGACGAAUAUCAGUCUCAAAGUUCUGGAUGCCAACCCAAGCUUGUUGCAGCAGUUCGUCAAAUGCGUGAAAUUACUACAAGUUAAUGAAGUCCUGUUGAUGUAUUAAUCUCACUUAUGAAAUGUUUUAACUGAUUAUCAAGUGUUACCCAUUUCCUUGGACAGGAAAAUUAUAUUUCAUACCCCUGUUCUUUCAUUGUUCAAUAAAUUCUAUAAUCUUGUUAAACUAC